AUGGCCAAUUACGGAUAUAGCGGUGGCAAUUACACCACGACAGCUUACGGUGCCCAAGGAGCAGCGGAUGGCGGAGGCUUUCUGGGAGGCUCACAGGCUGGCAGUCAAGCUAGUCCAGGAGGCAGCAAAACGUAUGGGAAAGAUACUCUAAGACCCGUAACCGUUAAACAAAUUAUCGAAGCCCAGCAACCCCACCCAGACAGUGACUUCAAAGUAGACGGUAUCGAAGUGACACAAAUUACAUUCGUCGGCCAGAUUCAAGCAGUUUCCUCCCAAGCAACGAACACUACUUUCAAGGUAGAUGAUGGUACCGGAUUGAUAGAAGUGAAACAAUGGAUCGAUGGCGACGCAGAUCCGGAAACGCGUGCUCCUCUUCCAAAAGAAAACGAAUAUAUUCGUGUCUGGGGCCGUCUGAAAGCGUUUAAUAACAAACGUCACGUUGGCGCACAUAUGGUUCGGCCUAUCAGUGACUUUAACGAAGUCAGCUAUCAUUUUCUGGAAGCAACAGCCGUACAUUUAUACUUCACGCGUGGACCUCCUCAGUCCAUCCAGGGGAUUAAGAAUGAAGAGGACGCUGGUAUGUUCGUGGAUAGUACCGGGAGCACUCGAGUCGCGAAUGAUAUAUCUGGAUCUGCACGCGGCAAAAAAUUGGCUGCAAAUACAUCCACGUCUGCGAGAAAGGUAUACAACUUUCUACUAUCAAACAUAGAGAAUGAAGGGGUUCAUGUCACUAUUAUUGCACAAAAACUUGGAAUGCAGUCGAGUGAUGUAUAUAAGGCGGGAGAUGAACUACUUGGGUCAGGCGCUAUUUACACCACGGUAGAUGAUGAAACAUGGGCUAUUCUGGAAUACUAG